AUGUUGGACACGGCACGCGUCGCGAAGCAGUUGAACGAGCUAGGAAAAGCGGUAGCUGCAUUGCAGAAGAAUGGUGUGAGUGAGAGGUCUGUUGAAGAGAAGGGCAUCGGGAGGGAGGAGAAGGAGAAGGGGGAACUGGAGGAGGGGAAGCUAACGGCCUUGAAAUUGGAGAUUGCUAGGCUGAGUAACCGCGUCUGGAAAGUUGUCGCGGAAAUCGCACGCAGCCACGGAGAAAACAAGCACACAUGGGAGAGAGCACUGUCAGCAUGGAGCAGUCACACACCAGAACGAACCUCGCUGGAGCUGAACAACCUCACCACCCUCUCCAACGCCGCUCUCCGUCACGUGCCCAAGAUGGCCCACCUGCAAGAGCUCAGCUUAAUCGCCUCCUCAGGCUUCGAUGCAGCGGGCUUAAUGCACGUGUCUAAACUAACCGGCCUGGCAAAGCUGGACGUCCGGCAAUCUCCCAUGUUGGGCGGUCGUACCGCGAAUGUUCUGGAGGGCAUCAGUGCCAUGACAGGGCUCGAGGACCUCUGCUUGAGUCAAACCAAGGACAAGGGCCUGCGGUACCUAACCGGCCUCACCAACCUGAAGGUUCUCUCGGCGCCAACAGAGAUAUCUGACGCAGGCAUGGAGCAUGUGAAGCAGCUGACGGGGUUGAAGAGGCUGGAGUUGAAGGACUGUAGGUUGGGUGAGAGGGGGAUAGCGUGCCUGGAGGGCCUGCCAGGGCUGGAGCGGAUCAAGACGAAUGUGGAUACGCUAUUGACCCUGGACAUUGGUGUGCUUCCGGGGGUGGUGAUUGCCAACGAUCAGAGGGUUCUAUUUGAGCGCUGA